AUGGAUGAGUUUAAGGAGCAGUUAAUAAUUAAGAAAAGUGACCAGCUUCAUCAUGAGAUCAGAACAUGCAUUUGCGAGUUAGUAAAGAUAUCGACUUCUUCAUCAACUUCGGCAGUCGAUAUAAUUCCAUUAACCAAUAAGCUUACUGUUAGGAUAGUCAAUUUCAUCAAUGAAUUCGAACCUAGGCCAAAGCUCUUAGAGGCACAUCUUGCGGAGUACAUUGAAUCAUUGACCAAUUUGUAUUUAUCAUCGAAAUAUUCCAUCAUAAAAUCAUCAAUUGGGGAGAUCGUUUACAAUUUUGCUAAGAUCCGACAAUUUAAACAAGUUGCUUUGUAUUUCUCAAGUGAUUUAUAUAUAAUUAACAAGUUAAUUAGGCUAAGUUCUGAAUUGACCAAUGAAUUCGAGAUAUUUUUAUGUUUGAUCUGGCUAUGCAAUCUUGUCUUGGUUCCUUUUAAUUUUAACAAUAUUGAUCCUGAUUUGCUGAAUAAAUUAUAUGAAAUUGGCCAAAGGAAUUUGCGGAAAUAUAAUAACGGAUCCAAAAAUCAAGUCAUUUCGCUGAUUCUUUUAUCAAGAUUACUUAGUAGAGGUGAUUGUCAAGCUCUUUUGGACAAGUAUUUUGAACACACAAAGGUCAAUUGGCUAAAUGAAUCCGACACGUCAAAAUUAGGUUAUUACUUGUGUAUCAACAAACUACUAAAACGUAAACAACUAUGCGAAGAACAACUUUCAGUCAUAUAUCACCUUAUAAUUGAUGAUUUAUUAUUUUCCCCUUCACAUCAAUCUGUCUUGAAUAUCCUUUAUCUGAUCAAAAUAUUGAGCAAAUUGGCAAUUUAUUAUAUCAAAACUGGGUCAUAUCCACAAGUCCAAGAUAUUGUUAAUAACUUAAUUAAUGAUAUUAUGAACAAUAUGAUAAAUCAAUUUGAUACAAACCUACGUUAUGCCUUCGCCAAAAGCUUAAGCGCAAUUAUCAAACAAUUAUCCUUUUCAGCAACCAAUUAUCAGGAUCAAUUAAUCAAGUACGUUAUUGACCAGCUCGAGCUUCCCCAAAAUUACGAUGACAUUAAUAUAGCCAAAACCCAUUCUAUAUUACUCACUUUGGGAUAUAUUACCCUAACUAAAAGUCUUCCUGAACGGUAUGUCUCACAGCUUUUAGAUAUCUGUCAUUAUUGUUUGUUUAUUAAGAUUAGAAGACUUUCUUUUAAUUUAGGUACUCAGCUACGCGAUUCAUCGACAUUUAUAAUCUGGACAAUUUGUCGUACGACCAAAAGCCCCCCACCGUCAAAGAUAGUUGGGAUUUUCCUGGAUUUAUUAAGAGUAUUGGUAUUCGAUCAAGACUUGACAUUGAAAAGGUGCAGUAUCGCAGUUUUACAAGAACUAUUGGGAAGAUUCGGAAAUAUUAUUGUUCCGAUCGGAGAUGAUCAUACCAGAGGUGAAACGAUUAUAGGAAUAAUGGAGGUAUUCAAUGAAUUGAGCCUUGUGAAUAAGACGGUAUCAUAUCAGGUUAUAGACCUAUUGUACUCGAAAAUUGAUCUAUCUUUCUUGAUUGAAGGAUUAGUGGAUCAUAUCAGCGAAUACGAUGGAAAUGGGAAAUAUCUAUGUAAAUUACUUCAACAACCACGUGAAUUGGAGUUAUCACCUCGUCAAGAAUAUGAUAUUGGUACCAUAACGAACAAAUUAGUUCGAGCCAAUAGAUGGCACAUAUUAUUUGAUUUUCCCGAGGUUCCUACCGAGUUGCUUCACUCAACCUUUGCAAAUUUUACAUACAGCGAAACCAAGGAAGCAAUGAUAUUGGGAUAUUUGAAGUUUCUUAUAUCCUACAAGUUUCCUACAGAUUCAGACUGGGACAACUUAUUCAAAAUUAUGAAUAAGAGCGAGUAUACCUCAGAAUUCCAAGUGUUGUUUUCGAAACUCGAUACCAUUCCAGAAGAUUCGUUAUUCGACCAUGUUCAAUUUUCCAGUACACUAUCGAACUGCUUAUUCAACUAUCGACAUUUCUCUCAGGUUGAAUUGAGUAUGAUUGUGAAAAUUAUGAGAAAUGAAAAAGUCGAUGCGGAAAUUAGGUCAAAUUUGAUAAACAACUUGAGUGAUAAUUUCCAGUUUCAUAACUUGAAUGUGGCAUCAUUAUAUGACUUAUUUGAUGACUAUACUACUACAGAACAGGGAGACGUUGGGUCGAAGAUUAGAUUGGCUAUGAUUAGAUUAGUUGGGAAUAAUAUUGAAUAUUUUUUUGGCAAUGACAUGAUUAAACUAAAAUUGAUUAGACUAUCAGGAGAAUUGAUGGAUAGAAUUAGACAUAGACUGUUUGAGUUAUUGUAUUUAUUGGAUCGUGACACGAUCGACGAGAUUUCACUUAAAGACCAUUACUGGAGUGAGCUAUUUAAUUAUUAUGGAGAAUUACAAGAGGGAAGGGAAAGAGAAGAAUUUUGGAAAGGACUAGUCUUUUCAGUGGGUUCAUUUACCGGUAAUCAACAGAUUAUAAAUGAUGCAUUUAAUGAGCUAUUAAGAUUUCAACCUAAUUUGGACGACUUUAGAAUAUUGACUAGCUUUCUUAAAUUGGAUAAAAAUAGUCCUUCUCGAACGCUAAAAUGUAUAACAAUGACAUUGAAUUUGUUCCUUAAGUUAUUGACAGCCAAUUUCCGAUUCCCGUCUGGGAUCGACUAUAAUGGCUUAUUUAUAAAGUGUUACAACUUGCAUAUAAACACAGGAAAUCUUACACGAGUCACCACGGUUCUUAGAAUAUUUUACUAUUUAUCGAAAGUUGACACAUCAUUAAAGCAAAGGAUUGACGAUAGAUUAUUCUGGUUAUUAACCAAGCACAAAUCUCCUAAGAUUAAGAUACUUGUCGGUCAAGAAAUUCUAUUUGAAAUUGUGAAUGAUUUACAAGACCUUGAAGCAUUAUCAAGAUAUGAUGAGGUUAAUUGGGAUGAGUUGAGUGAAGAAGAUAUAGUAUUUAUUAAAAGUAUUUUACAUUAA